UGACGCAACACGCGCACCCGUCUGACUCCAGCAGCCUCAGAUAUCCGUCGGUCCACCCGAGAAGCACGAUGUGACCGUGACAUUACACAUCCACCUGAAGACAGAAAAACAACAACAUUCUCCUUCUCCGUGCCACUGAGUGCAGUUAUGUCUGAGACGCCAUGCCAGAUCUUUCGGGGUGUCUGCUCCUCGCCGCGCUGCUGAUUUUCUGCGAGGAUGGGUACGUGAGGAGAGCGCAGGGUGGGGUGCUCUCCCACGGCCUCGCCUCGCUGUCGGAGGAGGACAAAUUCAAUGCCAGCGAGACACAGACGUCCACGGUCAAGGGACAGUGGGAUGCGACGGUGCCUCCAUCAGAGUCACUCCUGACCUUGAAGAUUUGGGUUAAAGAUGAAUCUAGCCAGAGGUUCCUGAAAGGAGCUGUGGUGGGUGUGUUCUUCAAUGGAUCCCAGAUUCACUCCAGCCAGACUCUGGAGAAUGGAGAGGUCACGGUCACUGUCUCAUACCACCUUGGCCUGACCCUCACUCUGGUGGCCAGCAUGGAGGGUUAUGUGCUCACCCAGCUGCCUUGGAAAACCACCAAGAUGCCCAUUUUUUCUGUUAUUACGAUGUCUCUGCGCCCUCAAACACAAGGGAACAUCUGGCUCUUUGAUGAUACUGUGCUGAUAACUCGAAAAGCAUCUGAUCUGUCAUUUCAACCGAGUGUACAGUUUUCCAAAAGUCUCCUCAAACUGUCUGAGAACACUACCAUCUCCAUGCUGUCAGCCUAUCUGACAGUUCCAGUCCUGCCUACAGAAAAAGACUCACAUUUCUUUACUCAAAACCUGAGCGGUAAAGGAGGUUAUAGGAAUGUCAAGUUAAACCCCUUGGCUAUGAUCAGUGCCCAGUUAGUGUCUAAUGGAAAAGAGGUUGAUGUCAAAGGACCCAUUCAGCUCAAAGUACCACUUCCCUACCACACCCACAUACGACCGUCUGACUCACUGCCUGCGUGGACCUUCGACAUGACCAUAGGUACCUGGGUAAAUAAAGGUAUAGGCACUGUUCAGAUGGAGAAAAACGGCCUAGUCUGGAAUUACAUAGCACCUCAACUUGGUAACUGGAUUGCUGCACCACCACCAUCAUCAGGUUAUAUGGGGCUUGCAAGCUCAAUGGAUUUCAUGUCCUACCACACAUACCUUCUUGUGGGUAUCUUGGGAGGAACUCUUGUGAUAGUCAUUGGAUUUUUAUCUGUGAUUGUAUUUCACUGCAGAGAUUUAAACUAUGAGGCCGGAAGAAAGCGAUGGAAUUCCACCAGGCUCACUGUACUAAAGAAAGACCAGACCACUUCCACCAGCUCUGAUGAGGUUCAAGAACUUUUUUUUCAUAACGGGGACCGUUCUUAUUCACUGGCUGCAAGGGGCAUCAGCCAUGAUGCAUCAGACUCUCCACGACACCAAGCCAACUACAAUAUUUAUGUGGAAAAUGUUGGGCGGCCAGCAGGCAAUCUGUACGAGAACAUUGGAGUUGUGGGAUUAGAAAGCUUCAGAGCCCCAGUGUCUAAUCUCUAUGUUAAUAGUGAUGAAGUUGCAAAGCUUCGGGAAAAAUCUGAACAGAAUGCCUCACGCCAGAAUGGUGCAGAGAAUGUAGUUUUCAAAGACAAGCUGUUCCACAUCUAUAACCAGUCCGUGGCGAUUGUACCGGCCCCAGAGUUGUUCAGUUCCCAGGGACAAGCUGACCCUUCUGGAAGUAGAUCUGCCACUUUCCCAAGGAAUGGCAUGGAGCAUGGAGCUCAGACAGAGCGGAACAUAAACAGUUCCAGUUUCAUCCUGAGUGACAGUUUCACUCAGACGUUGCCAAAAGUUCCGCCGCAGGACAGCGAUGAGCAGCAGGCUCUGGAGGGAGCGCAAGCUGCUGCCACAAACCCAGGGCUAUGGGGCCGCUACAGUCAUCUUCUGGAAUCCGUGUCUGUCCCAGGAACAUUGAACGAAGCAGCCAGAAUGGGGCCUUUCCGGGGGGAACUCCAGGGAAUAUCAGAGCAAACCUUGUUGGAGCUCUCCAAGGGCAAACCGUCCAUUCACCCACCCCGGGCCUGGUUUGUGUCUCUUGAUGGUAAACCAGCAGCCCAGGUUCGUCACUCUGUGAUCGAGCUUCAAGGAAGACACCGUCCGGGCAGCAGCAAUGACACAAGCUUGGACUCUGGAGUGGACAUGAAUGAACUGCAGCAGCCAUUGCGUAAAAGCGAGGAACCCUCGAGCGCUAGCAUGGCUAAAAUAAGCAGAAAUCAAGAGCAGGACUUGAGCAGCAGUGAAAUUGGGAGUCCCGAGGACAUGUCCCUGAGGAACACCCUGGAAGGCAGUAGUGCAGCCAUUCCCAACAUCCCAGAGGACAGGGAUGCAGGAGACACCUCUAGCGAGUCUAAAUCUACCCCUCCGCCACGGAGACUGAGGAAGGUUCGAGACAAGAAGCCUGACAAGAAGACCUCUCGACACGUGAGGGAGGAAAGACCCCAAACGAAACACUAACUAAAUAACCUGCGUGUAGUCGUAGCUUCUUGGUGUCUGGAAAUGGUUUUGAUCAAAUUGCCUUAUAACGUAAACAUCAGGAAGAAUGAAUAAAGCAAAAAUGCCUGUCUUACCUUCCGUAGCUCAGUCGAUUCCCAUGGCUAUGCUGUAUCCAGCAUUCUGUCAGCAGUUCAUUUGUACGCAAUUUCGCAACCACACUGUACAAUGUUUUUACAAACUGCUUUGAAAGAACAUAUUUGUUUAUCUUCAAAAGUACAUUGUAAAAGUAUGUAUAUAUAUAUAUAUCUAUGUAUUUUUAAACAUUUGUUGCCCUGCGAGCACAAUGCUUGUACUCACAAUGCUCUUCUAGUGAGUCCGCAAAACUUUAAAUGCGAUCAAUUUGGAUCUCUUGACUUGCUUGGAAUCAGUUUUUGUUCUUCAGUUCAAUUCUACACAAAUUGAAAUGUAACGCAAGGAACUGCCACACAUUGCCAUAAACAAUUAUAAAAUAAAUUGUG